UCGGAUUUACACAGUAAUAUAUUAUAUUAGUUGACUUUUAUAAUAAUGAAUUCAGAGGAAUUUCUAUCUGCUGCACAAUUAUUAUUACAAUUUAUAGUGAAGUAUAGAAAUGGAGCAUUUUCUCGUGAAUUUCCAGUAUUACCGAAUAAAGAAAUAAUUCAACCAAAUUAUCUUAAAUCAUUCAUAUCAAAUAAAGCACCAGAGAAUAAAGAAAGUUUUAAUGAAAUACUUAAAGAUAUUGAAGAUAAAAUUAUGCCUGGACUUACACAUUGGCAACAUCCGGAUUUUCAUGCUUAUUAUCCAACAGGUACAUCAUAUGCAUCAAUAUUAGGUGAUUUAUUGUGUUCAAGUAUUGCAUGUAUUGGAUUUUCAUGGUUAUCAUGUCCACCAUGUACAGAAUUGGAAGUGAUCAUAUUAGAUUGGAUGGUUCAUGCAUUAGGAUUACCGGAUAAAUUUUUAUCAUCUAGUAGUGUGAAUGAUCCAUUACAUAAAGGUGGUGGAGUUAUUGAAGUAAGUGCAAGUUUGGCUUGCGCAACAGUAGCUCUGGGUAUACGCGAUCGAGUGAUGAAAACGUAUGUAAAAAACACUAAUCAAUCUACAAAAAUCAUAGAUGAGAAUAAAACUGGAUCAAUGGUCGAUCGUAUGGUAGCGUAUACAUCAGAUCAGGCACACAGCUCUGUCAUUCGGGCAUUUCAUCUGGCUAUGUUGAAAUGUCACAUGAUUCAAACAAGGAAGAUGGAGAAAAAAUUAAUUUUUGAUUCAAAGGAUUUACAAGAAGCAAUUGAAAACGAUAUAAACAAAGGUUUUAUUCCAGUUAUGUGUGUAGCAACAAUGGGUACAACAUCGACAUGUGAAUUUGAAAAUCUUUAUGAAAUCGGUAACAUUUGUAAGAAAUUCAAUAUUUGGUUUCAUGUCGAUGCAGCAUAUGCGGGAAGUGCAUUACUUUGUCCUGAAUUUCGUUAUCUUGGCAAGGGUAUUGAAUUAGCUAACUCAAUUAAUAUCAAUGCUCAUAAAUUAUUACUUGUAAACUUUGACUGUUCAUUACUUUGGCUAAGUGAUCACACUGUUAUAUCGACUGCAUUCCAAGUGGAUCCACUUUAUUUGCAGCAUACUUUUGAAGGAAUGCCAGAGUAUCGUAAUUGGAGUAUAUCACUUGGUAGACGAUUUCGAGCUUUAAAACUUUGGUUUGUUUUACGAUUGUAUGGACUUAAAAAUAUUCGUCAUUUACUUCGAUUACAUUUUGAUUUAGCUAAAAAGUUUGAACAACUAUUGACAACGGAUGGUCGUUUUGAAAUUGUCAACGAUGUACAAUUCGGUCUGGUGUGUUUUCGAUUAAAGAAUAAUAAUGAAUUAACAAAGAAAUUGCAUGAAAAUUUAUUAAAUAAAGGUGAAGUAUAUCUUGUUUUAAGCUCAUAUCAUGAGAACGCAGGUCAAGAACUUGGUCAAAUGAAUACAACUAUAUCAUAUCAAACAACAACAACAACGACUGUAUUUCUUCGAUUUGUUUCAAUACACGGUACAACAAUGAAAGAUAUUGAUUAUGCUUAUCAGAAAAUUGCUUCAUGUGCUACAGAAAUUCUUGAUCAAUUCAAUGAAUGAAAUGCUUAAUUGAUGAAUAGAUAGAUAGAUUAAUUGGUUGAUCAACCGAUCAAUCAACCAAUCGGUUGAUCGGUCUGUUGAUUGAUUGAUCUAAUGAUCAACUGACUAAUUAAUUGAGCAAUCGAUAAUAUAUUAUUUAUGUGUUCAAGAUACUUGUAUUUAUUUUGUUUAUUAAAGUCGGG